GAUCUAGCAUCUUUAAAGCAACUACAGGCCGGUAACACUGAACAACAUGAUAUGAAAUUAAAAUGUUAUUUAAAAUGCUUUAUGGUAAAAAGCGGUAUUAUUAAUGAGAAUAGCAAUCUAGAUGUUGAGAAAGUCUUACGUUAUCUUCCGUACAGUAUACAAGAGUCAUCGAGAAAAAUUCUUCAUCAAUGCAAAUCAAUUCAAUCGGAGAAUACUUGUGAUAAAGCUUUUCAAAUAGCUAUAUGUUAUUUUAAAGAACAACCUGACGUAUGUAUUAUAAUGUAA